GUACUUGUCAAGCCUAAAUUGUAGGGAAAAUUAUUCAAGUUUUUCCUUUUCGUAUUUUGAGGUGCGGAGAUGACGGAUCUCCAACAGAGAAACGGCACUAACGAGAAUCAGCGUCGCAAGAUGGCCGGAGCAACACUUUUCGAGCGUGCCCAGGCACUGUCCAGCGUGAAUCGCGAGGAGCAGGACAGCUCGCUGUUAAACAAGAUUGUCCGUGACCAGGAGGGCGCCGAGAACGAUGAGGAGCGCAUCCGGAUCAAGGAGCAGGGUAUUCUGCAGCAGGGCGAGCUUUACAAGCAAGAAGGCAAGGCCAAAGAGCUGGCCGAUCUCAUCAAGGUGACGCGUCCGUUCCUCAGCUCGAUCAGCAAGGCCAAGGCGGCGAAGCUCGUUCGUUCGCUGGUGGACAUGUUCUUGGACAUGGACGCAGGCACAGGCAUUGAGGUUCAACUGUGUAAAGACUGCAUCGAGUGGGCCAAGCAGGAAAAGCGCACCUUCCUUCGUCAGUCGCUGGAGGCCCGUCUGAUUGCCUUAUAUUUCGAUACUGCUCUGUAUACGGAGGCCCUGGCUCUCGGUGCUCAACUGCUGCGUGAGCUGAAGAAACUGGACGAUAAGAAUCUGCUGGUUGAGGUCCAGCUGCUGGAAAGCAAAACCUACCACGCCCUGAGCAACUUGCCCAAGGCCAGAGCCGCCCUCACCUCGGCCCGCACAACGGCCAAUGCCAUCUACUGCCCGCCAAAGGUGCAGGGUGCUCUGGAUCUGCAGUCGGGCAUUUUGCAUGCUGCUGACGAGCGUGACUUCAAAACCGCCUUUUCCUACUUCUAUGAGGCCUUCGAGGGAUUUGACAGCGUGGACAGUGUGAAGGCCCUGACCUCGCUGAAAUACAUGUUGCUGUGCAAGAUCAUGUUGGGACAGUCGGACGACGUCAACCAGAUCGUUAGUGGAAAGCUGGCCAUCACCUACUCGGGCCGCGAUGUGGAUGCAAUGAAAUCGGUGGCAGAGGCUUCACACAAACGUUCCCUGGCCGAUUUUCAAGCUGCGCUCAAGGAGUACAAAAAGGAGCUGGCCGAGGAUGUGAUUGUUCAGGCGCAUUUGGGAACGUUAUACGACACCAUGCUGGAGCAAAACUUGUGCCGCAUCAUCGAACCCUACUCCCGUGUGCAGGUCGCCCAUGUGGCCGAGAGCAUCCAGCUGCCCAUGCCGCAGGUGGAAAAGAAGCUUUCCCAAAUGAUCCUGGACAAGAAGUUCAGCGGCAUUCUAGAUCAGGGUGAAGGAGUGCUCAUUGUUUUCGAGGAGACGCCCGUGGAUAAGACCUAUGAACGUGUACUGGAAACCAUUCAAAGCAUGGGCAAGGUGGUGGAUACACUCUACCAGAAGGCCAAGAAGUUGUCGUAAGCGAAGCGCAGGAAGCACUAUUCAAUUUACACAUGAUAUCAGCAUACUUAGCAGACUUUUCAUAGUUUCCUUUUGUAUUUUCCAAUAACUCCCAAGCCUUGUCCAUGCCAAACAAGUUUUAUGUUUCUGCGAAAACAAAAUUAAACCGAUAUUGGUAAAUAUAGCAACAGGAGCAACUACAACAACAACAACAAAAAAAUGUAACAAAAUCCAUUAAAUUAACAUAAGCAAAAUUAUUAAUCAUUGAGUGGGAUCGAAUUGUUUACGCAAGUGCGGUAUAAUAAGCAUAAUAUUCAAUUAACUACAAAAUAAAAUAAAAAAAAAGAAACAGAAAACCGUAAACAAAA